AUGAGCAGCAAGCCGGUGAUAAAUCAAAUUCUAAAUGGCAAAGAUGCCGAUGUCAAUGGACAACGAACAAAAUAUGACAACGAAAUUGGAUCGGAGGGUAAUUACGAAUAUAACUAUGAAACAUCGAAUGGCAUCAGUGCCAUAGAAAAUGGUAUUGGUGGCCAAUAUGCCUCCGGCGGUUAUGCUUAUUAUACUCCCGAGAGAGAGCUUUUACAAGUUUCCUAUACUGCUGAUAGAAAUGGUUUCCAACUGGUUGGUAAACAUUUGCCAACACCACCACCAAUUCCACGUGCCAUUUUGAAAUCUUUGAAAUAUAUUCGUACACAUCCUAAUGUUGAAUAUCAAAUUUAG